GGCGGUGGUCAAUCAAGAGCCCAUCCAGCGGCUCCUGGAGGAGAACGAUCAGCUGAUCCGCUGUAUCGUGGAGUAUCAGAACAAGGGCCGGGCGAACGAGUGCGUGCAGUUCCAGCACGUGUUGCACAGAAAUCUCAUUUACUUGGCUACCAUUGCAGAUGCCAGCCCAACCAGUACUUCAAAAGCAAUGGAAUAACUUCCCAGGUAGUCGCUGUGAGGAGUGAUUGAAUGUAAUUUAUCUCGUAGGACAUGGAGACUGAUCUUUACCCACUCAGCUGCUUACAGUACAAGCGAAAAUCUGAAGAAAACGACUAACUUAACAGUAUUUGCAGUGCAUUUUAAUAAUCAAGUAUAUCCUGCAAUAAGUUGCCACCAGGUGUCUUCUGGCCUGAAGUGGGAGCGUGUGUACAUCACAGAGGCGUCCUGGGCCUCAGCAAGCCUGCUUUUUCAUUUCUCACCGGAGAGAAGAUUGAAAAUACCUAUUGGACCGUCAGGAGUAACUGGUGAGACUUCCAGCUGAGACCUUGCCAGAUGGACACACCACUGUUCCCUUUACCGUCCGUAAAUGUCCUCCGUCCGACUGCUCCCUUGAGGUUGCUUUGAAAUAAAGCUUGCUUUUCCAGAAAAGACUACUACGGAAGCAUAGAUGUUUUCAUCUAGUAAGUGUUCCAUUUGGUUUUUAAGAAAAACUGUAAGGGCUCAAGUGUAAUUUACAGAAUAACAGUACUAUUAUCAUUGCCAACAAAA